AAAAUGGCGACGGGCAAUAUGUGGGAAGACCUGCGAAAGCAAGCCAGACAAGUGGAGAAUGAAAUAGAUUUGAAGUUGGUGUCAUUUAGUAAACUUGGAACGAAUUUCAGCGCCCUCAAUGAGAGGGACAUUAACAGUUCAUCGGACUCUUCACCACUGUUGAAUGCAUCAAACAGUGAGAGGAUGUUUGAUACCAUGGCACUGGAGAUUGAGAGGUUACUAAUAAGGUUGUCCGACAUCAAUGACAGAAUGGCAGACUACGCCACCAAAGUUUCCUCCACAUCUCCCAGCGCAGCUCUCUUACACAUCCUCCAGCGUCAUCGAGACAUCUUGCAAGACUACCACCAUGAGUUCAAGAAGACUAAAGCCAACAUCGCGGCGUGUCGAGAACGGGAGGACCUCCUGGGAUCAGUCAGGAGAGAAAUCGACUCGUACAAAAAUUCAUCCGGGUUGAAUCGGAGGACGGAGCUUUAUCUCAAAGAAAAUGAACACAUUAGGAAUGCUGACAGAAUAGCAGAUGAAACAAUAGGUGUUGCCAUAGCAACGAAGGAAAAUCUUAUGUCACAACGAGGCACGCUAAAGAAAAUUACAAAUGGGGUCACCAACAUGGCCAAUCGCUUCCCGGUCAUCAACAGUCUGGUUCAACGGAUAAACCUAAGAAAGAGGAGAGACUCGCUGGUACUAGGCGGUGUCAUAGCAGUAUGCAUUACAUUCCUUCUAUGGUAUGCGUUCCAUUAGCGUAGUUUACCAGUUUUAAUGUGGACUGCAUCGGGCUAAUUUUCAGAAAAUUGGCCCUGUGGGAUGGAAACUCCACAGAUGGUGAACUUUUAUCCAGAAAUGCUGUUGGCCCUGUGGGAUGGAAACUCCACAGAUGGUGAACUUUUAUCCUGAAACGCUGCACUUUUUUGUAGCACUCAAAGAGAGCAUAUUGUUAAAGCUGCAUUGGAUGAAAUGAAAAAAAUACUCAACUCUUGAGGGCGUUCAGAGUUGGUAUUCCAAGCUUCUGAGGAAAGUUGUUUGAGGUUCUUUAAAAACAAUUUUUUUAUGAGGUAUCACCCAACUCAAAAGGGCCGGACGGCCACUUCAAGGCAAGGGCUAUAGCUCAACUGAUUUGGGCCAUCGACCCCGAUAAACCAUCGGCCCAGAUAAACUGCAACCAGGGGUCCGUUGCCAACUACUCCUUGGGUGAAACAGGGCUACCCCUUUCAUAGUCAAUAAGGAUGCAGGCAAGGGUAUCAUCCACUUGCAGCCUGGCUGAAUGUGCAUUGAAACAGGGCUACCCCUUUCAUAAUCAAUAAGGAUGCAGGCAAGGGUAUCAUCCACUUGCAGCCUGGCUGAAAGUGCAUUGCACUACCUUCACAACUUUGUUGAGGUAAAUAUAGUGAAGUGCCUUGAUCAACGGCACCAGUGUCCUAACCGGGACCCUAAACCCACACUCUGCUGCUAACGACACCGGAGCUUGGGUCUGGUGAACUAGACACCACAAGCUAAAGCAGAAACAACCAGCACCCAGGUACCUGACCUUUCUGAGUAUCAUCAGUGACUCUGUUUGACUUUAAGCACUUGGUACAUGUACAUGUUAUAUAUAACAACAAAUAUAAAUACCAAUGAGGUACUAUUUAAAAUAUUUUUUUGUGACGGAAAAUUAAUGUGUAGGAAAGUCCCGAGUUUGAAAUAUUUUGCAUGCUUGGUCAAAAUAGUUUCAGUGAAUUUUGUUUUUAAUCAGAACUGUCAGACUGUGUAGUGAACCCAAAAGCUAUAUAGGUCUUAUGACUUCAAUUUUUGUUUUUAUGGCAAGGGACCUUGAAUCUGGGACAACCAGCGGAUAAGAGGACAAAGUAUCGCUGUUGUUUUCACAUUGUUUGAAAUUGGGUGGCGGAGAAAACAUGGGAGAAGUUCCCAGUGCCCGGGGCUACAUUUGUCUACAAACCACAGAGACUAAGAACACACUGUACUGGAAAACAGGCAGGGGGGUCUGUACAUGUCUCACUAAAACAUCACACAACAUAAUUAAGUUUAAAACAAUGACCUCUAAACCUUCAAGAUCACUCAAAAAUCGCAAGUUUGUUGAUACUUCAUUUAAUCAGUAGUCAAACCGCAGAGCACUCGGCUUGGUGCGUUGGCAUAGAGCAAUCAGAGAAUCGUGUGCCUAUCGGGCCUGUAUGCUUCGUUUUUGAAAGGGCAAGGGCACCAAGGCAUUUUCUCCUUG